AUGAGCGUGCUCGAGGACGCCACCUUGAAUAAACAUCUGCUUAAAAACACGACAAAGAAAAUAAACUUGUCAUGUCUGGACACGUUUAAAAGUCAGAGGAGCGCCGGUUUGGUGCGUCCUCAUUCAGCCUCGCCUCCGUUCGCUGGAUUCACAAAGGAGGAGGUCACAGCAGCGACUGAGACUCACCUGAGGAUCUCUAACCCACAGGUGAGAAGAGUUCAACCUCUCUGUUUUUACCGGGUUAUCUGCUCAGGUGUGUGUGUGUGUGUGUGUGGGUGUGUGUUAUCUAAUGAAGUGACGGAUCAGGAGACGCUGAACACUCGGCGUGGUGCAGGUGAAGAAGUGAGUGUUUGUGUCGGGGGGAGUGUUGGCGGCUGAGGUGACGGCAGGUUGUGUUGUAUGUUCCAGGGGGGUGGGGGGUGCAGCCAGCCUGGUGGGGCUAAUAAGAUCACUUUUUAUUGGCCCACAACCCCAGAGGAGUGUUUGUUUGUCUGCGUGCAUGAUGGAGGGGAUAAAAAGUUAAUGCAGAGGCAGCAUGGAGGAGGAAGAGGCACAGCUGGUCACUGCUGCCCCCUGCAGGCCACACUCCGUCUGUAUGUGCAUCAAUCUGUAGGUGUGAGUGUGUGUGUGUGUGCGUGCAUGGAUGCAUGUGUGUGUGUGUGAGUGUGAAGAUGUAGGUUUGCUGUUUUCAUUUUUUUCAGGCAGAAAUUUGAAACAUGAUCAACUGAAAAAAAACCUGCUGACAGAAAUUUACAAGCAAAACAAAAAAAAUAGUUUUUUAAAGUUUAUUUAUUUAGAUUUUUGUUGUUUUGUUGUUGGUUUUGUCUUUGUUGUUGUUGUUUUGUGGUUGUUGUUGUAUUUGUUGUUGUUUUCUGAGUUUGUUUUUGGUGUAGUAUUUGUAUUAGUUAUUGUUGUUGGUUUUGUAUUUGUUGUUGUUUUUAAUUGUUGGUUUAACUUUUGUUGUUGUUGUUUUAUUGCCAUUGUUUUUAUUGUUUUUUGUUGUUAGCUUGAUUUUUGCUGUUUUGUUGGUUUGUUGUUGUUUUGUAUUUUUUUAUUCUGCUGGUUUGUUGUUCGUUCACUAUUUUGUUGUUGUUGGUUUUGUUGUUUGUUGUUUUUGUUGUCUGUUGUUCGUACUAUUUUUUUAUGUUGUUGGUUUUGUAGUUUGUUGUGUUGUUGUCGUUUCUAUUGUGGUUUUUUGGUUUUGUAUUUGUUGUUGAUGUUGUUGUUUUUGUGGUUGUUGAUUUUGUUCUUGUUGUAUUUGUUGUUGUUUUUGUAUUUUUCUUUUGUUGAUGCUGUUGUUGUAAUUGUUGUUUUUUGUUGUUUUGUGGUCGUUGUUGUAUUUGUUGUUGUUUUCUGCGUGUUGUUGUUAGUGUAGUAUUUGUAUUAGUUGUUGUUGUUGGUGUAGUAUUUGUAUUAGUUGUUGUUGUUGUUUUUAUUAUUUGUUGUUGUUUUCUGAGUUUGUUGUUAGUGUAGUAUUUGUAUUAGUUGUUGUUGUUGGUUUUGUUAUUUGUUGUUGUUUUCUGCUUGUUGUUGUUGGUGUAGUAUUUGUAUUAGUUGUUGUUGUUGGUUUUAUCAUUUGUUGUUGUUUUCUGAUUUUGUUGUUGGUGUAGUAUUCGUAUUAGUUGUUGUUGUUGUUGGUUUUAUUAUUUGUUGUUGUUGUUUUCUGUGUGUUGUUGUUGGUGUAGUAUUUGUAUUAGUUGUUGUUGUUGGUUUUGUUAUUUGUUGUUGUUGUUUUCUGCGUGUUGUUGUUGUUGAUUGUGUGUACCGGUCGUGAUUUGAGAGGCUGCAGCUCUCGGAGAGAUGUCCCGUCACCUCAGAGUUCUGCCUCUGUGCUCGCAGAGAGAUGGAGCGAGAUAUCAGGUCUGGUGGUAAAAAAAAAUAAGGGAGUGGAUUCCGGUGAAGGAAGAAGGGGGGUGUAAAUUCAAGGUGGGGGGGUGGGGGGUGAGGAGAAUAUCAAUCGGGCAUGUGGCGGAGGAGGAGGAGGCAGAGGCAGCCCGCCACGCCGAGCUCCAGGAGAAAGAUUAGAGAGGGGAUCAGUGUCAUCAGCAGCAGGAGAGUAAUGGUGCGGGCCGGGUUCAAGGCUGGAGCCAAGAACGUAUCGGUAUGGCAACAACCCCCAUCCCAUCACCCCCACAACCCACCCCCCUUACAUGAAAUAGAGGUUAACCGCCAAUCCAGAGUUUUCCCCCUCUUUUACAGAGUGUGAAAAGUACCGCUGGGAGUCUCAGGACAAUUUUGAUAUAGGAUUAGAAAACAAAAAUCAAUAUUUAAUUAUCUUUGAGCUUUUUGUGUCACUGCAUCUUUAGGUCAGUAAGUGUUUGGGAGCCGGGGUCGCCCUGCCACUGUAAGUGAAGGAGUCGUUAAAACGCCGCCAUCUUUCUCUUUUUUUAACGCUCUGACGGCACAAGGUUAAAGUUUCACGGAGCAGCAGCAGCUCGAGCGCCGAGAGUCGAAAUCCUGAAACAAGAAGGUCUGAAGAUUAAAGAAUCGACAUCUUUAGUUAAACCUGAGCCUGUUCAUAUCUGACCGGAACAACAACAACAUCAGCUGAUCAUUAAAUAAGGUUUAAACUGUUAUUAUCUGAACAGCUGAUCAUUGAUUAUCCACAGUAAAUAUCCAAAAACUCGUCAGUGGGGGGUUCAGGGUGGGCAGAGGCCACAGGGAGCAGACGGGCCUCCAGAACCUUCUGCAAAGACUACACCCAGACCUCCAUCACCUGCAUGUGGGACCCCCAGACCCUGGCCCCGAACAUUGAUCACCCAGAUGCUGAUCAGAUGAUUGAUUUUCAUCAGUUAAGGACUGAAUAAUAUUGUUUAUUAUAGUAUAGAACAGUAUUGUGUUUUAUAGUUCUGUAUAAUAUUUGAUGGUAUCGUAAUUAGAAAACAGCCCGACCCCGUCACAGUCCCCCCUCCCCGUUAAAUGGCGACCUGAACACAGACGACGGCGUCCUCCUCAGUACAUAAAGCACUGGCUGUUUACGCAGCUCUCAGCCGCUGGAUUGGAUUAAGGCGGCGGCUCUUUAGCUUUCCCCCGUGGCGGUGGCCGAUGAGCCUGUAGAGUGGAUGUGACGGGCGCUUAAGCGGUGACAAGCAGAAGGUCAGUGUCGCUGAUGAAGGAGUGAGGCCAGUUGGCCCUGUGAUGUAGCCAUCCUUUACAGCAGCCAGAGUAUCUAUCCUGUUUAAGGCGCACGCACACACACACACACACACACACACACACACACACACACACACACACAGACGAGGAGGGGGAGAGAAGAGAGGGGGAGAGACAAAAGGAAGCGGGCGAGGUAAAAGGAGUGGCAGAGACAGAGAGCUGAAAUGUCCCCGUUCUGAUCAGUUCCUCUGUAGCAGCGAAAUGUUCCCGACUCCCCUGAGCCAUUUAUUAACGUGAUGGAGAGCAGAGCGGGCCGCCAUGAAUCAGACCUGCUGCUGCUGCUGCUGCUGCUGCUGCUGCUGCUGCUGCUGCUGCUGCACGGGGACGCUCAAACACACCACCUACGACUGACUGCAGCUCUGCAGCUCUGCAGCUCUGCAGCUCUGCGUGGAGAGGAGGACCACGGUGGAGCUCCAGAACAGGAAACUCGACCACUCUCUGUACAAACCAGAGACUGUAUCUAGACGCCGUCUGCCUCCUCUCUCUGAGAACAGCGCCCCCUGGUGACUGGCUGCAGUAUAGGUCAUAAACCCCGCCUCCUUAUGGAGCUGUGGACAAACUUUCUAAAUGAAUGACACAGAAUAUAAAUGUUUCUCCCCCCUGGUUGUGAUGUUGACAUGUAGUUACUGUCAGACUGGUUUGUGCUCAAGUCCUCUUUUUUCUGUACAGCUCCAUUUUUAAAAGUUAUUAGGGGGUUCAUGUUUUCUAUGAUUGACACCUUAUACAGCCAAUGGGAGGACGAAGGUCGGGUAGAUCACAGCGACUCUUCACGCCGAUUGUACUGCGCACAUGCCGGUUUCAGGAAAUGGAGAAAUUUGUCUUCACCUUUGUACGAUGAGCCGCGUCGUCCGUGUUUGUACAGUCUGCGGUAUAAACACACUUUCUCCUGGUCGUGUAUUUGAGUGGAUCUGAUGAAUCUUCAUCUCUGAGGGGAUAAAAGGUCAUUUCAGCUCCGACACACAAACAGAGUCAACGUCUAAAAUCAACAAACAACAACCGAGAAAUAAGAACACAAUUAGGGCUGCAGCUAUCGAUUAUUUUAGUAAUCGAGUACUCUAUCGAUUAAUCUGUCGAUUAAUCGAGUAAUCGGAUAAGAAAUGUUUUGCUCUCACUGUAAUACUUUGCAUUGAAUCACGUUUGCCUCAUUAAAAACCAUCAGUAACACACAAAACUGAAAUAGGCCAGGUCUUUCAAAUGAAUAUUUUUACUGCAUAAAUCAGGAACCAAAAGUUUUACAUUUUACCAUGUAGUUCACAUGAAACUACUGAAGGCAAGGUCUGCAGAUGGUCUUUUAAUUGCUAUGGUAAUGAUCUUUGCAGUUUUCACUAAACCAGUCACAACUAUUUCCAGGCUUUGGAUCUAAUUUUACUUGUUUAAUUAAUAGGCUGAAAUAAUAUAAUUCUUGGAUACUAACAUAAUUUGACAAGCAAAUGUACAUUUAUUCAAUAUAUAAAAGUGUUACAUUUUUAUUUACAUGUUGUUGUGUGUUGGUCAUUUUGCAGCCCUCUGCUGCUUAUCACACGCCUAGCAGGUGGUGUAUAGCAUUAUCACCAUGGAUACACGGAUGUUUGUGUGAUUUUUUUCAUCCACUGCCGCCCGGUUUGUGUCGUGUAGAUGUUGAUUAUGAAAACACUUCGCAAUAAUUUGGAAACGUGAAGGGGGAGCUGCUGCUGCCCGGUGUUUACGGUAAAUAGACGCAAACACCGACCAAGUUGACGCUUCGGUCUCCGAAAACGCCGAGACAAAUUUACAAACAGCCACUAUUUCAAACAACUGGGCUCAUAAUCGUGAUGUAAACACUUACUUUCUCGCUAGAAAAAAUAUUAUUAUUGAAUGAAUUUAUAUAAUUUGUCCGGUAUGCAGUCGUUCUAUGUAGCUUGUGGUAGGACUAUUUAAAUUUUCCCGGCGCUGCGUCCGGCCGGCACGAAAUGCAUUCUGGGGUAUUUAGUAUGUACGUGUGUAAACGCUCGGGCAGCCGCGGCAUACUCAAAUCAUCUUUGAGUAGUCAGUAGGCAGUAGCUACUGCUUGAGUAGGUAAGUAGAUAGCAGGCAGUAUGCCAUUUCGGACACAGCUUCUGUCUGUCCUCGUUUCCCUCCAUGAUUGAACCAAACGCGCGGCAGCGGAAGGAGCGGAAAGAGCACGCUUCUGCGCAACAGAAAUAACCGUCCGUGUCAAACACCGUGCGCUGCACAUGGUUCCGGAUUUAAACGAUUCCUCGAGGCAUAUAAUUUGCCUCGAGGAAUUUUAUUAAUCGAGUUACUCGAGUUACUCGAGUAAUCGUUUCAGCCCUAAACACAAUAUAAUAAUAAUGAUCCUUUUAUGAUCAAUCAGCUGAUUCACGUAAACAACUAAAGGAGUUCUAGCAGUUUACAGUGUGUGUGUGUGUGUGUGUGUGUGUGUGUGUGUGUGUGUGUGUGUGUGUGUGUGUGUGUGUGUGUGUGUGUGUGUGUGUGUGUGUGUGUGCUGCAUCAUCACCUCACCUCAUUUCCUUUUAUGAAAAAGAGGAAAAUCUCAAAAACUGAUGAGGACGGUCUGCUGUGAUCGUGGAAAUACAGACUUAUCAGCUCCAAUAGAUAAUCAAUAUUUAUAUAUAUGAACUCUGAAUGUGAGGACCUAAGGGAAGACUGAAGGAGGAAGGAUAAAUAUAUGAGCUCAGGGUCUGAGCAUUGAUUAUUAUUGUGUGUAGUUUGAUUAUUGAUCCUGAUGGUGUAGUCUGUAGUUUGUAGUUUGUAUUUUGCAGUUUGUAGUUUGUAUUUUGUAGUUUGUAUUUUGUAGUUUGUAUUUUGUAGUUUGUAGUUUGUAGUUUGUAUUUUGUAUUUUGUAGUUUGUAUUUUGUAGUUUGUAGUUUGUAGUUUGUUGUUUGUAGUUUGUAGUCUGUAGUUUGUAGUUUGUUGACUGGACUGGAAGGUGGAUCUGCAGAAACAUGAUCCAGUUUCAGGUCUGAAGUCUUUGCUCUGGAGCUCCGGGAGUCUUACUGCUGAACAUAUGAGUGAGCUGUCAGUAUAUUUCCUCCCCCUAACCCUCCCUCUGUGUCUCACCCACCCCCUCACCCACACACACACACCCCCCACCCCUCUCCUUGACACCUUCCUUCAGUAUAAUACACACCAGCAAGCGAUCGAUACGCAGUCAGCCCAGAGCAGAGGAAUUGUGGCAGAGCAGGCUCCACACAUUACAGGGUGGCCAAGGCCAAUAAGCUGCAGAGGGAGACACACACACGCACACACACACACACACACACACACACACACACACGCACACCCUCCUCUCUCUCCUCUCGGCUUUAUUUCCACACACUGACGUUUAUUCAGAUUCACAGAGAUGCCGUCACUCCCAUCAUGAUCCCACUGACAUCAAUUUAAGGCAGAUCUGAUCCCUUUUAAAACUCGCUCUCACCACCCACAUUAUUAUGCUUAUUAUUGGAGCCAGUAUGAUGAAAUGCAGCGAGCGCCACAGCAAGAGAUAUGCCACUAUGUUUCCAUAGCAACGUAUCACAGUGGCACCGCUGCAUCAUGCACUCAGAUGACAGACACAACCUAUUAAGCCCUGAGAGAUGUAUGAAGACUGUCUGUUUGCACGCCAGAGAGAGUGUUAGUGUGUCAGUGAACGCCCCCACCAGUGUUAACUUCACGUUUUACUGCCAAGAAACAAACUGCACGACUUCAAGUCUGCACGUUUACAACAUGUGACUCACUUUCACGCUGCGGAUUGUGGAAAUGCUGCAGAAAUCACGGCUGAUUCUCUUUCUCUGAAGGUCAAACUCCAUCAUUUACAGUCCGGCGUAAAGCUGCAGUCAGCGUCUCGUUCAGAACCGCAGCAGCCCGUCAGACGCGUUUAUUCAGUCCAUCUGCGUUCGUUAGUCUCCAGAUUUCAGACCGGAUUUAUUUGGCUCUAAUUUCAUGACUCAGAUUCUCUGCAGCCUCAGAAAAAGUGAGAAAUGAUAACCACACGUGUUUCUGUCUCCUGGUUUAUGAUAAAUAUCAUCUGUGAGUGAAUCAGUCCGACUUCAUACAGUCAAGAGUUUCACUUUAUUAUCAACACGAGCGAAACGCCAUCAGUCCUGAGGCUGACGGCAAACGCUCCGUCUGUACUGUCUGUGACAGCGGGCCGCCCUGUCCUGGUACAGACCGCUGCACUGAGGGUCUGUGACCGUUAGAGGGUCUGUGACCGUUAGAGGGUCUGUGACCAUAGAGGGUCUGUGACCGUGAGAGGGUCUGUGACCAUCGAGGGUCUGUGACCAUAGAGGGUCUGUGACCGUUAGAGGGUCUGUGACCGUUAGAGGGUCUGUGACCGUUAGAGGGUCUGUGACCGUUAGAGGGUCUGUGACCAUCGAGGGUCUGUAACCUUAAGAGGGUCUGUGACCAUUAGAGGGUCUGUGACCAUAGAGGGUCUGUGACCGUUAGAAGGUCUGUGACCAUCGAGGGUCUGUGACCGUUAGAGGGUCUGUGACCAUUAGAGGGUCUGUGACCGUUAGAGGGUCUGUGACCAUUAGAGGGUCUGUGACCAUUAGAGGGUCUGUGACCAUAGAGGGUCUGUGACCGUUAGAAGGUCUGUGACCAUCGAGGGUCUGUGACCGUUAGAGGGUCUGUGACCAUUAGAGGGUCUGUGACCGUUAGAGGGUCUGUGACCAUUAGAGGGUCUGUGACCAUUAGAGGGUCUGUGACCAUAGAGGGUCUGUGACCGUGAGAGGGUCUGUGACCGUUAGAGGGUCUGUGACCGUUAGAGGGUCUGUGACCAUUAGAGGGUCUGUGACCAUUGAGGGUCUGUGACCGUUAGAGGGUCUGUGACCGUUAGAGGGUCUGUGACCAUCAAGGGUCUGUGACCGUUAGAGGGUCUGUGACCAUCGAGGCUCUGUGACCAUUAGAGGGUCUGUGACCGUUAGAGGGUCUGUGACCAUUGAGGGUCUGUGACCGUUAGAGGGUCUGUGACCGUUAGAGGGUCUGUGACCAUUAGAGGGUCUGUGACCAUCGAGAUCGAGGGUCUGUGACCAUCGAGGGUCUGUGACCGUUAGAGGGUCUGUGACCGUUAGAGGGUCUGUGACCAUCGAGGGUCUGUGACCAUCGAGAUCGAGGGUCUGUGACCAUAGAGGGUCUGUGACCGUUAGAGGGUCUGUGACCAUCGAGGGUCUGUGACCAUCGAGGGUCUGUGACCGUUAGAGGGUCUGUGACCGUUAGAGGGUCUGUGACCAUCAAGGGUCUGUGACCAUCGAGAUCGAGGGUCUGUGACCAUAGAGGGUCUGUGACCAUCAAGGGUCUGUGACCGUUUGAGGGUCUGUGACCAUAGAGGGUCUGUGACCGUUAGAAGGUCUGUGACCAUCGAGGGUCUGUGACCGUUAGAGGGUCUGUGACCAUUAGAGGGUCUGUGACCAUAGAGGGUCUGUGACCAUUAGAGGGUCUGUGACCAUAGAGGGUCUGUGACCAUCAAGGGUCUGUGACCGUUAGAGGGUCUGUGACCAUCGAGGCUCUGUGACCAUUAGAGGGUCUGUGACCGUUAGAGGGUCUGUGACCAUGGAGGGUCUGUGACCGUUAGAGGGUCUGUGACCGUUAGAGGGUCUGUGACCAUUAGAGGGUCUGUGACCAUCGAGAUCGAGGGUCUGUGACCAUAGAGGGUCUGUGACCGUUAGAGGGUCUGUGACCAUCGAGGGUCUGUGACCAUCGAGGGUCUGUGACCGUUAGAGGGUCUGUGACCGUUAGAGGGUCUGUGACCAUCAAGGGUCUGUGACCAUCGAGAUCGAGGGUCUGUGACCAUAGAGGGUCUGUGACCGUUAGAGGGUCUGUGACCAUCGAGGGUCUGUGACUGUUUGAGGGUCUGUGACCAUCGAGGGUCUGUGACCGUUAGAGGGUCUGUGACCAUCGAGGGUCUGUGACCAUCGAGGGUCUGUGACCGUUAGAGGGUCUGUGACCAUCGAGGGUCUGUGACCAUCGAGGGUCUGUGACCAUCGAGGGUCUGUGACCAUCGAGAUCGAGGGUCUGUGACCGUUAGAGGGUCUGUGACCAUCGAGGGUCUGUGACCAUCGAGAUCGAGGGUCUGUGACCGUUAGAGGGUCUGUGACCAUCGAGGGUCUGUGACCAUCGAGAUCGAGGGUCUGUGACCGUUAGAGGGUCUGUGACCAUAGAGGGUCUGUGACCAUCGAGAUCGAGGGUCUGUGACCGUUAGAGGGUCUGUGACCGUUAGAGGGUCUGUGACCGUUAGAGGGUCUGUGACCGUUAGAGGGUCUGUGAUGCAGAUUCAGUCUGAACAUCAACAGACAGGACAGAGUAACCAAGUCUGUGUCUUUAUCAUUAUUAUCAUUAUUAUUAUUUCUUUAUGUUUCUCAGUAAAACGGACGACGAGCUCCAGAUUAUAAAUGAUUUCAUGUUUUCAUAAAUCACAUUUUCCUCAUUUGGAGGAUUUGCUGUAAAGAAACCCUGGAGGUGACAGACAGACAGACAGACAGACAGACAGACAGACGCUGGUCUGAGUUUCCUCUGAGACUCUGGUUGGUGGAGUCGGACUGAGUUUACGGGACGGUUUAAAGUUCCUCUUAGAGACGUGAGGGUGGGACAGCAGGCGGAGAGUUCAGCUUCUUCUCUAAUGUGGUUUUUAUUUGACCUUUUUAUUCAUUUGUAUUUUUGACUCUUUGGUAUAAAAAACUUGUUUCUGUGCUUCCCUUCGUUUCUCUGAGCGGUGAAAAUGUUCAGUGUUUUUAUUCUGUUUCCUCUUUAUUGACGCAGACUUCAUAUUUGACUGUUAAAGGAGGAGCAGAGUCUUCGGUUCGUCUCAAACAUCUGUAAACGUUAUUUAAGAUGCAGACAGACGGCAGAUUUCUGAGUCAGAAACAGAGAAAAAGUCUCCACAUCAUAAAAAUAUGUUUCCACAGGUGAUUUAAAUUAAUGGACACUGACAAACAAACAGGUUUCUGCACUCUGAGAGUCGGUGUUGUGCGGUUUUAUUCCCUCUAUUCAGCAGCUGUUUUCUAAUCAUAAAUCUGAGACGAGCUCUGCCAGUGUUUCUGCUCGCUCUGCGUCUGAUUGUUGGUUAAAGCACUUGACGGUUUCAGCCUCCUGCUGGCUCAAAGAUCCCCUGAAGUCAGCGGCAGAAAAAGGCCUCCAGCGUCAUCAGCCUCGUGAUUACAAUCAGCAGCAUCCAGACGGCAGCAUUACCCAGAAUGAGAUGCAAAACAGCUGUCGUUUCACCUCAGGAAGGCAGCAGACAAACAAAAAGAAGAGUUUCACAACUUCUCCACUCAGGCUCCGAAUUUCUGCAACUUUCAGCUUCAACCCACCCAGUCUGACCUUCUAAAUCCACCACAGACGGCCCAGUCAGGCCCAGUUCAGGGACUGAGGCGGACUCUGCAGACCACCAUCUCAGCUUCCUGACAGUGUUGGAAGACCCAGAGACCUGAGAGAGACCACGUCCACACAGCAGUCCAGGACAUUUUUACACCUUCAUCCAACUAACCCUAAAUUUCCACCGCAUCCCAAACGGCUCUGAUCCAGAACUGCGGCGGUUUUCACCGUCCGCCAAUUCCUACCAGAUCUGUUGGUGAGGCGAAUUUCAUGGCAGAUUACAGACAGCGGUAAUCUGAGAACUCACAAGAACCUUCAGAUUCACGUUCAAUCUCACGAUAACGAGUUGUCUCUCUAAAGACAGACACAUAGACAUAUAAGCAGUAGAUUGUGUCCUUCCAGAGGAGGAAAUCUACUUCUAGACUUCUAGAAUCAGCAUCUCCUCAUCCAUGGUGUCAUCGGGGUGAAAUGACGUCUAAAAACCUUUCACUUGUUCGUCUCCGCCCGUUUGCAUGGUGUGAAAUACGAUCCUCCUGAAACACGGAGUGUUUUAUUUUGAAAAGAAGCCGGAUGUUUUAUUUUGUGUCUGUGCCGACUUCCUUUCCAGCACGGGUUAAUCUGUGCUGAAUUUAUCCGCCAUGCUCCGGCGUCCAGAAAAAAUAGAACUCUUGUGAUCAGCUGAGGAGUCCGGCGAUCCGCAGAGGAACGGAAAGAAGUCGGUGUAAAUUGACACGUUAACUUGAAUGGUUACGAUCAGCUACGAUCGGAGGAUACGACCUUUUAGGAGACGAUCAGGAUGAAGGUGGAAGUCGGGGGUAAAAAAACAGGCUUAAUAGUUCUGAGCAUGCUCAGUUCUGACACCCCAGGCCUCGGGCCAGAAAGUCAGGAAGUAAAUGAAAAAAAAAAAACGUAGAAACUUUCCUAACAGACAAGAACGGAGUCGUAACAGUGACAGGAUUUCAUCAUUUAAUGUUCUUCCUCUCUUUCUCGUUCAUCUUCUCUUCUUUCUCUCUUCCUCUCUUUCUUGUUCAUCUUCUCUUCUUCCUCUCUUCCUCGUUCAUCUUCUCUUCUUUCUCUCUUCCUCUCUUUCUCGUUCAUCUUCUCUUCUUUCUCUCGUCCUCUCUUUCUCGUUCAUCUCUCUCUCUGCUGCUCUCACCGCCUCUUUUUUUGCGUCCUCCCUCUCUGCACCUCCCCCUCUCUCUCUCUCUCUCCUCCCCCUUCCUCUCCCCUCUGAGAUUGACUCUUUCCAAUUACAUGAGCUCUUUCUUCAAUCACUCUGUAACAGAUUACCUGACAAAUUAAGAAAACACUGCUGAUAUUUCGGGCUUUAGCGCGGCCGUUCUCACCCGUAAUGAAAUUUGUGCAGCCAUACAUCAGAGAGCGAGCGAGUCUGCAGCAGCACGCCGCUCUUUAAAUCCUGCUCUUUUAAUACGCUCUAUACUGAUAAUUAUUCCCCCACACAUACACAUCUCUGCAGCCGGUCCUUUUCCACAGAGUUUAAUGUCGUCUCUUCAAUUAGCUCGGCUGCUUUUUUAAAAACAUGAUUGGAUGGAAGUGAAAUAUCUUUCUGCUUCAUACCUGCAGGAAACGUUUAUCCUUGUGUGUGAAACAGAUCUGAGUGAUUACAGGUGAAUGCAGCUGCAGACAGCUUCAGUCUUUGUUAAUGUUAGUGCUGAUAUUAAUGACUCCAUUUCACAUCACAGCUCCAGUUUUCUCCUCACACUCAACUCAACGUUCAGAAAAAUUCAUGAACAACAUUUUUCUGCUGUUCCAGAUUAAUCACAGAAUAAAUUCACCUGUAAAGGAUCUUCACUCUGAGAUUAAAUGAUUCAGUGUGCAGACAAAUAUACGGAUCUGAGGACGUCCAUAUUUCAGCUCUAACUGCUCGCUCAUUUUUCACACACUCACAUUUACAUCCCACUCUUACCUGAGUUAUAGAGCUUCUUUCUGCACACACUCCCUUAUUUCUGUGUGUGUGUGUGUGUGUGUGUGUGUGUGUGUGUGUGUGUGUGUGUGUGUGUGUGUGUGCGUGUUGAUGGUGGGCAGGUACAUCUGUGUUACUGCACACAUGUUUACCGUAGUUACUGUAUGACAGUAACGACCACAGUGACGGUCCUGAACUCCAUGAAAAUCCCGGUCAGUUAAAUUGUUGAUUUUUGGUCCUCUCCUCGCCGUAAACACGGGUAAGUUUCCUGGAUGUGUCUGAAGUUUGGUCAUAUCUGAUAUCUUCUCUCUGCUGCAGGGGCGUCAUGGUGGAGGCUGCUCGCUCUGAGGCCUCUUUGUUGUAUCGACGUAACCUUUAAUUAACCACAACGCUCUGCUGGUUUAAUGACUCGAACGCCUCGGGUCACGACCACGGAGGGAGACAUCACUGCCUCAGGAGUUCAGGAGGUUUAAACAAUAAUUAUUAAAAUAAUAAUUUUAAAUAAAUAAUUAUUUAUUUCUAUUUUUAUUUAUUAUAAUAAUGAUUCUUAUCAUCAUCAUUAUUAUUAUUAUUAUUAUUAUUAUUGUUUCUCUGUGACGGUGCAGACAGACAGACGGACAGACGGACAGACGGCACCGUCAUCCUGAGCAGCAGGAGAGAAAACAAAGUGAAUAAAUGACAGAAUCAGACUAAAUAAUUAAAUAGUUAAUUGUUUUGUCUGAUUCCACAUGAGCAGACGGGAGUCUGGAGGCCUUUCUUGGAGAGCCCUUUCCAACAUGGACGCCUCCUCCUGCGUCUACUGCGUGAGCGCUGCAGGAGGAGGCGUCCAGACCUUAAAGAGAGGAAGUGCAGAACUGCGUGUUUAAAGGCGUUUUCGAACAUUAGUUUUCAGUUUGCAUGGCGUGCUGCAGACUACAGAUGAACCGAGGGCAUGUGCAUGCAUCGCCACAUGCAGUUUGAUUGACAGCUCAUCAGAAUAACAGGCGGUGAUGUGAGCGCGGCGUAACCUCGGCUCUGAAACAUUCCUCACACACCGCCUGCUACUGCUGAGCAAACAGAAAGUGUAAACGCUGCUUAUUUAACAAGCCCCCCCCCCCACGUCUCCUCCCACCUCCUCCCACCUCCUCCCACCUCCUGCCCUCGUCCUGCACCCCUGCCCCAGCGUCCCGCCUCUUUACACAUUAAGUAUGCAUUGAUUCAGCCUUCCCCUGUGUUAUAAAUACAGCAUCGAUCCGCCCGGCGAUCAAUACGCUCAUUCACAUGCAUAGAGCCACUUUGAUAACUCUCCUACUCCCAGCACCCUCCCCCCCGGCCUCCCCCGGCCUCCCCCGGCCUCCCCCCUCCAUCUAAAUAGCCUGACAUAUUCCUCCACAUCAUUCAUUAUUUUAUCCCCAUAAAUAUAUAGAUGUGUGUGUAAAGACACUUACAACCAGGCAAACAGAUCCCUGACAUGAUAGAUAGGUAAUCCAUAAUUCAUCUGAAGCUCAGAGAGCGUCCGCUUUAACCAGAACCAGAACCAGAACCAGAACCAGAACCACUGUCGGACCUCUGCUCCCCCUAAUGUUUUCACAAAUAUGAUGAAUUAUGAUUUUUAUUAUUAUCCCUGAAACAGAAUCAACAGGCUGCCAGAAAUCUAUAUCUAUGAAAUCUAGAUCUAUGAAAUCUAGAUCUAUGAAAUCUAGAUCUAUGAAAUCUAGAUCUAUACAGUUUUACACGGAGCAAAACCUUCAAGAACAUCUGAACCGGACCCUCUCAGUCCACCUGAACCGGACCCUCUCAGUCUAUCUGAACCGGACCCUCUCAGUCCACCUGAACCGAACCCUCUGGGUCUCUCUGCAGGAGCUCCUCCUGACUGAGGCUCUUAAAUCUGGACUUUGAAAACCGCCUUCCCUCUCUGGUCUCGUUCGGCGUCUCUGCCGUCCUCGUGUUCUGUCUCUGCAGCAGCAGCAGGAAGUGGCGGCUCAUGGCGCUCGCUCACGGUCUGAAGUUUAGCAGCUCCUGAGUUUUUAUGGCGAGUCACUUCAGAAGAAAAGAGGAAGAAAAAAAUCAAUGACCAUUUCUGCAGCAGCCAUGAAUUUUAUUGACGGCGCCGCGCCCGUCACUCGCUCACAGAUUUAGCAGGAAAAGUAGAUAAGCGAGCGGGACGAGUGUUUUUUUUUUAACAUUUAGAAUAAAUGGAGGAGUCAACAUGAAAGCGAACAGGAAACCGCUGCUCUUAAUGUCAGCGCUCGCUCUACAUUAUUCCGGCUGUAGAACAAGCUCACACAUAAUGUCAUUUUGUCGCUCCUCCAUUUUGACGAGGAGAGCCCCGCCUGACAGCGCGUCUCAUCUUAAAGAUCAGCUUUAAUUGUGCCGAUGUGCAGGGAGACCCCGCCGUCCUCAGCGGGACUCUAAUUGGCUUAAACUUAACUUAACCUUUCUGCAGCGGCUCCGGCGUGCGGCGGCAGUCAAAACAGCAUCAGAAAUGGAUCUGGGUGUUAGAAAUCAGCGCACACCUCUACAGCAGAACCGGAGCGGAUCACGCAACUCUGAGCCAAAAAAUGAAACCGAGGGUUUGAAGCUUCAAAAUACUUCAGGUUCGAUUAAUCCGCCGCACGCCGGAUCCUUCACACCUUCAGCAGAGGAAGGAGAGAACGCCGAGGCGGUCAUUA